ACAGAAUUUUGUAGUUCUUCUUUGAAUUUUUGUUUUGAAAGUGGGUAUUUUCUGGAUUCCUCAUGGAUUGCCUACACACUCGAAAAAAUAUUCUGAUUCCUUGCAAAUGCUCCCUGAUUUAACGCUGAUAUUUUUCCUUUGAUACCCUAUCAAGUCUGCAUUUUCCCAAUAGUUUCUCGUUCUGUUUUAACUCUUAUAGAAUUCUAUAACCGAAAUUCCAUUCUUCGAGUGAUGAUCAAUCUUCUGAAACGAUUAGUGAAUUAGGAACUUGUUCAGACAAAACUUCUGUGUUUUGUUAAUUUUUAUUGGUUACAUUUGAUGUUAUGAAGUGGGAAAUGGAAAUUCUGUCGUCGGCAUCUUAUCUCUCCAGCACAAAUUGGCUUGCUGAAGAGAGCACGAAAUGGACAUCAGCAGAGAACAAGAUGUUCGAGAAUGCCUUGGCGGUGUACGAUAAAGAUACGCCGGACCGAUGGCAGAAAGUGGCUGCUAUGAUCCCAGGGAAGACGGUCGGAGAUGUAAUCAAGCAAUACAGAGAAUUGGAAGCUGAUGUUAGCAGUAUAGAAGCAGGUCUGGUUCCAAUUCCUGGAUAUAACACAUCUCCAUUCACAUUGGAUUGGGUGAAUAGCCAUGGCUAUGAUGGAUUGAAACAGUCAUAUGGACUCGGUGGAAAGAGAUCUUCAUCAGGCAGGCCUGGAGAUCAUGAGAGGAAAAAAGGGGUUCCUUGGACAGAAGAGGAGCACAAAUUGUUUCUAAUGGGACUAAAAAAGUAUGGCAAAGGAGAUUGGAGAAAUAUAUCUCGCAAUUUCGUUGUCACUCGAACACCGACUCAGGUGGCUAGUCACGCUCAGAAAUAUUUCAUCAGGCAGCUUUCAGGGGGGAAGGAUAAGAGAAGAGCUAGCAUUCAUGACAUAACAACGAUCAAUCUCAACGACAUGAGAACUGCUUCCCCGGACAAUAGGGGUACUCCACCCGAGCUCCCUCAGCAGCCAAAUUCUGCUGCCAUGCCCAGAACACACUUUCAAUGGAAUCAGCCUUGCCGCGGGGCAACAAUGGCUUUCAAUUCAACACAAGGAAGUAUGCUAAUGUCUUCUCCUUAUGAGGAUCCCUCCUAUGGAUUGAAAAUGCAGGGGCAUAGUCUGCAAAGAAGUGCUGCACAUGAGUCCUAUUUUGGACCUCAGAAUUUGGUUUUUCAGAUGCAAUCAGCCGAACAAUACCCUCAAGACCACCUAUUCUGAGUUCCUCCUGCCAGUUGAUUAUUGUAGCUGUCUUUGUGCUUUUAUGGUUUUAUUAUGUGUAUAUUAUCAAGAACUUGAGUUUAGUUCAUAGCAUUCAAAACAAGAGGUGAUAGGAUUGAGUUUUGCUAGGAACUUGAGAGUAUGAAAUGUGAAACUGUGAGGGAAGAUUCUUAAACCUGGAUUUCCCUUGUAUUUAAGAUUCUGUAGUUGAAUC